GUAUUGACAGGGUCUUGAGCGUAGGUCUCAGGUACUCAUCUCAUCUGUGACAAAGAAAAACGCAGCGAGAAAGAGAAAGUGAAAACAACACAGAGAAUGGCUUCAAACGCAGCGGCGCCGUUUUGGAGGUCAGCAGGGAUGACUUACAUAACAUACUCAAACUUAUGCGCCAAUCUGGUCAGAAAGUGCCUUAAAGAACCUUACAAAUCCGAAGCUUUGAGCCGUGAGAAGGUCCAUUAUACCAUCUCCAAAUGGGCUGAUGGCAAGCCUCAGAAACCUACCAUCCGCUCAGAUUCUCCUGAAGAAUGAGAACAAGGUUGGAUCUCAGGGUUUAUUUCUUCUCUCAACUGAAUUUUGUACUGUCCUAGCAUUGUGUAUGGUGCUCGUCUGGCGGAGCUUGCAUAAAACAUUGAUAUGCUAAUAAUAUAGCCAAUAGACCUUGAUUUAUACUUGUUGGAUGCGAUUGUGAUAAUUGUUUUUUUAGAACCUGCUUCUGUUGUCAAGUGACUUAUUUCCUGUUUUCAAAGGAAACUUGUCCGGGCUAUCAUAAUGUAUCAAUCUCAAUGUUCACCUGGUUAAUUUAA